AACCCGUUCAUCGUUUGCUAAAAUGCUCACUGAAUGGAGAAUAAUGCCAAAACGAUGUAUGUACUUAGAGAAGAGCAGUUUGGUUACCACCUGUGGUACACCUAGAGUGAUUCGAUAAACUAGCUUGUCUCACACUAUCGAUGGCAUAUUUGGUAGUCAUUGUUCAACCUUCGUACCGUUUGUAUGCGCUACUCUUCGUUGGCGUCCUCGAACAUAGCCGGUGUAAAGCAUUCCACUUUGUAUGAAUUCAACUUCAAUACUCAGUGGAGUAUUUCGAAAACACAAUAAUAAAAUUUCGAUAAGUUUAUGGACACUAAACACAUGCAAAUACAGUUUCCUGGAUCGGCUCACUCCUGGCGAUGAGUAAGAGAAUCAGAGAGUGCGAUGGAAUAUGCGUAUAAUAACUGCAAUGAGUUUUACUCAUCUGAAGAAUGAUGAUAAUAAGUUGUGUUAGAUUAAGUGUCAACAAAUCAAGUUCAAAUACAUCGCGAUUGUCGCAUUGAUACGCUCCAUAGGAUCCUGUCCGUUGAUGUUGGUUCGAGUAGUGAGUUACAGUGUUACAGAUAAGCAAACGGAGUACCACAUAAAUGAUAUGUUCAAAUGGUAGAAUGAAAAAGUUACCAGAAAGUAGUACAUGUGAUCGAAGAUGAAUAAUUAUUUGUAAUGAAUUAAUGUGUGAUUAGGACUUUAAUAUUAUAAAAAAACAUCUACAAUACGAUUCUCUGUACAAUUGGUUGUUCUGCUUCGAUUUUGAUGCAAUCGAGUUCUACAACACAAAAAAUCAGUUCCAAUCAGAUACAAAGCUGUUUGUGCAAGAUUCCCGAUAAACUCAAAAUACGGUGAAAAAUGUCAGUGCAUUUAAAAAAGAAAAGAACAGAAGCUGAAAAAGAUACAAACUUCAAAUAUGUUGAACAUUGAUACCGAAAAAAUGGAAUCACAGCUAAAUGAAACCACUACGGUGAGGGCGUUUGCUGAUCGCGUUACAGUCAUUAACGAUGAUCUUUUCAUAUGGGCUAUCAUUGAUGGUAUACUGAUGGUUUGCAUCCUGAGCGGAAAUAUUCUAACGAUUCUGGCCGUUCGUUUCCAUCGCCGGUUGCGGCAACUACUCUCGAACCUGUUCGUUCUGUCACUGGCACUUUCGGACAUAUUUGUAGGUCUCACGUUGCCUUACCAUCUAGCUUUUUAUAUGGGAAAUGAACUCGGUCAUCACAAGCAUUUCUGUCUACUUCGUUUCUUCGUUCUGAUUAUUGCAUGUGGAGUAUCUAUUUGGAAUUUGAUUGCAAUUGCUGUGGACAGAUACAUUGCUAUUUGCUAUCCGUUACACUAUACUCGAAUGAUGACAAAAAAGGUGGCCCUGGCAAUACUAGCAUUCGGCUGGUUUCUAGCGGUUUUCGUGGCAAGUAUUCCAUUGAUUUGGAACAAAUGGGAAACCGCCAUGGAAUGCGAGUUCGAUGAGCUUCUGUAUCCAUGGUACGUAGCAGGUGUAAUAACACCACUUUUCUCGUUGGUGUGGAUUUGUUUGCUUAUCGUUUACUGGCGAAUAUGGCGCGAAGCAGCUAAACACUCAAAACAACUUAGAGCACACAAUUCUCAAGAGUCGUCCUCCGAUUGGAAGUCGGUGCAGGUCGUUCUUCUAAUAAUAGGUUGUUUCACGUUAUGUUGGCUUCCAUACUUUGUAGUCAUAUUGACUCAAAUAUUCAAUUUUCUGGAUCAGAACUCACCAGUAUUGUACAAAGCUGUAUUCUCUCUGGCCAUGGCCAAUUCAAUGAUGAAUCCGUUGAUUUACGCAUGGAAAAACACAAAUUUUCGUCAUGCAUUUUCGAAACUUUUGACAUGCAGAAAACUUGAUCAAUUAGACGGCCCACACACUGGAGACAGUCCCAGAGGAAAACCAUCGAAAAGAAAAAAUUCACGACUAAAAACAGAUGAUUCGCGUUGUCGUGGCACAAAUACAUCUACAUCGAGGAUGAGCCAAGCAAGUACAGAGUCAUAUACACACGGCAACGAACAUGACAUAACGUACAUCUCUACCGUUCAUGACGAGUCGAAUCAAAACCAUACCAUUCAGUUGUCACUUGGAAGCACAAAUGACAAAACUAAUACCUCUGUGGUAGGACCACCCAGCAUCACGACGCAUAUCAUCAAAGGAAAUGUGAUAAUCAACAAUUAUAACCUUUAUGAAAGUUUCCUUAAAGUUAAAAAUGAAAACCAAACGGAUAAUUCUGGUUCCAAUAAUAAUUCGUUUAGAGAUACGACCACACACAAAAAGACUGAUGGAGUCAAUCAUAACAUGAAGUAUCAGAACAAUAAUUAUGCUGCGGAUUUGGGUAAUAAUAAUCCUUGCUAUCAAGAUGAUAUGACAAAAUUAUAAGUUAGUGGAUAUUUUUGCGGUAGAUACGGUAAAUACUUCUGUAAAUAUGAUAAUAAAUCACCAUAGAUAUAAUAUGCACCCAACAAAAAUUAUUUGAUUCAGCAGGUAACUAUGAUUUCACCUAAAACACCCUCUGAGAACUUGAGUGAAUCGAAAAAAUUAUUUUUUCACCGUUUUUGUUAACCAAUAAUUUUUUCACCGGUUUUGUUGACCACUAAAAUCAACGUACUAGGAUUACAUGAUAUCACAGGUACUGUCCAAAAACC